GCCAGCGGAGGCUGCGAGCGCCGCCGCCGGAGAAGACUGACGCUCAGCCGGAGCCAGCCCGCGGCGCCCGGGCCUGGCUGGCUGCUUCCUUCCACCCCCGCCGCCGCUGCCGCAGGCACUGCCAAGGCGGGCGCUGCGGAACGCUCGGCCACUCGACUCUGCCUGGCCCGGCGCGGCCCGGAGCCGCGGCGCGGGAGGCUGGGAGUGUCUGCUGAUGGCUUGGAGUGCUGUCUCCUAAACCAGGAGGAGUAAAAUUGAGACCAAGUUCAGGUGACAGCUUCAUCCACGUUGGACGUGAAUCCUCCCUCUUCUGACUCUCAUGACUGGCAGUGCAUCAGUGACAUUUCACAGUAUGCCUGGUACUUCAGCUAUUUGUCACCCCUGCAGCAGACCAUGAGACGGUAAUGUCCACUGAGGAUCUCUGGGAGCCAUGUCAGACGAAUCCGCCUCAGGGAGCGAUCCAGACCUGGACCCAGACGUGGAGCUGGAGGAUGCGGAAGAGGAGGAGGAGGAGGAGGAGGAGGUGGCAGUGGAGGAGCAUGGCAGGGAUGAUGAGGAAGACCUGCUGGAUGACCCAUCCCUGGAAGACUUGUGUGGCACUGAGUGCGCCCAGCUGGGGGAAGAUGGGCAGCGGCCACCGCGGUGCACUUCAACUACCUCAUCUCAGUCUGAGCCUUCAGAGCAGCUUAGGCGCCACCAAGGCAAGAGCCUUGCCUCCGAGGACUCCAAAAAGAAGAGAGCUCAGAAGCCUUCCCACAUGAGGAGAAACAUACGCAAGCUGCUCCGGGAGGAUCAGUUGGAGCCAGUUACCAAAGCAGCACAACAGGAAGAAUUGGAAAGAAGGAAACGCCUGGAGCAGCAGAGGAAGGAUUAUGCAGCUCCCAUUCCCACCGUUCCCCUGGAGUUCCUUCCCGAGGAAAUUGUCUUAAGAGCAAGCGAUGGUCCCCAACUGCCUCCUCGGGUCUUAAGCCAGGAAGUCAUUUGUUUGGACAGUAGCAGUGGCAGUGAGGAUGAAAAAAGCAGUCGAGAUGGCUGUAAAUUAUCUCUGCUCCCUGAGUUUUUGUUUUUGUUUUGUUUGUUGGCUGUCUCAGAGGUGAUUGAACUGAGCUCUGGAGAGGAGGACACCCUGCACAUCGUGGACAGCAGUGAGUCUGUCAGUGAGGAGGAUGAAGAAGAGGAGAAGGGUGGCACUCAUGUGAAUGAUGUCUUAAAUCAGCGCGAUGCUCUGGGGCGGGUCCUCGUCAACCUGAACCACCCUCCGGAGGAGGAGAAUGUCUUCCUGGCCCCGCAGCUGGCACGGGCCGUUAAACCUCAUCAGAUUGGUGGGAUCCGGUUCCUGUAUGAUAACCUGGUUGAGUCCUUGGAGCGAUUUAAGACCAGUAGUGGCUUUGGCUGUGUCCUGGCCCACAGCAUGGGACUGGGGAAAACUUUGCAAGUGAUCUCUUUCAUCGACGUCCUCUUCCGCCACACGCCAGCCAAAACUGUCCUUGCCAUUGUGCCGGUUAAUACUCUUCAGAACUGGCUGACAGAGUUCAACAUGUGGCUGCCAGCUCCUGAAGCCCUUCCAGCUGACAACAAGCCUGAAGAAGUCCAGCCUCGGUUCUUUAAAGUUCACAUCUUGAAUGAUGAGCACAAGACAAUGGCAGCUCGUGCUAAAGUGAUGGCUGAUUGGGUGUCAGAGGGUGGGGUGCUGCUAAUGGGAUACGAGAUGUACAGACUCCUCACCCUGAAGAAAUCCUUUGCCACAGGUAGACCGAAGAAAACCAAGAAACGUUCUCACCCGGUCAUCAUUGAUCUGGAUGAGGAAGAUCGACAGCAGGAGUUUCGAAGAGAGUUUGAGAAGGCCUUAUGCCGCCCUGGCCCUGAUGUGGUAAUCUGUGACGAGGGACACCGCAUCAAAAACUGCCAGGCCAGCACCUCACAGGCCCUGAAGAACAUACGCUCUCGCCGCCGGGUGGUGCUAACCGGGUACCCCCUGCAGAACAACCUCAUCGAGUACUGGUGUAUGGUGGACUUUGUGCGCCCAGACUUCCUUGGCACCAGGCAGGAGUUCAGCAACAUGUUUGAGCGCCCCAUCCUGAAUGGACAGUGUAUUGACAGCACGCCUCAGGAUGUCCGCCUCAUGCGGUAUCGGAGCCAUGUCCUGCAUAGCCUCCUGGAGGGCUUUGUGCAGAGGAGAGGCCACACUGUGCUGAAGAUUCAUCUCCCUGCCAAGGAAGAAAAUGUGAUCCUGGUGCGACUCUCUAAGAUCCAGCGAGAUUUGUACACACAUUUCAUGGACCGCUUCCGGGACUGUGGUAACAGCGGCUGGCUGGGGCUGAACCCCCUCAAGGCUUUCUGUGUGUGCUGCAAGAUCUGGAAUCACCCCGAUGUGCUGUAUGAAGCCCUUCAGAAGGAGAGCCUGGCCAAUGAGCAAGACUUAGACGUGGAAGAGCUUGGUUCAGCAGGGACUAGUGCCCGCUGCCCAUCACAGGGAACAAAAGGCAAGGGGGAGGACAGCGCCUUGGCCUCCUCAAUGGGAGAGGCAACCAAUAGCAAGUUCCUACAAGGGGUCGGCUUUAACCCUUUCCAGGAGCGAGGCAACAGCAUUGUCACAUAUGAAUGGGCCAAGGACCUUUUGACUAAUUACCAGACUGGUGUCUUGGAGAACUCACCCAAGAUGGUACUGCUUUUCCACCUUAUUGAGGAAAGUGUGAAGCUUGGAGACAAGAUCCUUGUGUUCAGCCAGAGCCUUUCCACCUUGGCUCUAAUCGAGGAGUUCCUAGGGAAACGAGAAGUGCCCUGUCUACCUGGUGCUGAGGGGCAAGGAGUACAGAAGUGGGUUCGAAACAUCAGCUACUUCCGGCUAGAUGGUAGCACCCCUGCCUUUGAGAGGGAGCGGCUCAUUAAUCAGUUCAAUGAUCCCAGCAACCUCACCACCUGGCUGUUCCUUCUCUCCACAAGGGCUGGGUGUCUGGGCGUGAAUCUGAUUGGUGCCAACCGAGUGGUGGUGUUUGAUGCCUCCUGGAACCCUUGCCAUGAUGCUCAGGCUGUAUGUCGGGUAUAUCGUUAUGGCCAGAAAAAGCCCUGUCACAUCUAUCGCCUUGUGGCUGAUUUCACCCUUGAAAAGAAGAUCUAUGACCGUCAGAUUUCCAAGCAGGGCAUGUCCGAUCGAGUAGUGGAUGAUCUCAAUCCGAUGCUGAACUUUACUCGAAAGGAGGUGGAGAACCUACUGCACUUUGUUGAGAAGGAGCCAGCUCCCCAAGCAUCCUUGAACAUAAAGGGGAUCAAGGAGCCAGUCCUGCAACUUGCCUGUCUGAAAUACCCUCACCUCAUCACCAAGGAGCCUUUUGAGCAUGAGUCAUUGCUCCUUAACCGAAAGGAUCACAAGCUGACCAAGGCUGAGAAAAAAGCAGCAAAGAAAAGCUAUGAGGAAGACAAACGUACAUCGGUCCCCUACACUCGCCCAUCAUAUGCGCAGUAUUAUCCCGCCAGCGACCAGAGCCUGACCAGCAUCCCCGCCUUCAGUCAGAGAAACUGGCAGCCAACACUGAAGAGUGAUGAGAAGCCUGUGGCCAGUGUUCGUCCUGUACAGUCCACCCCGAUCCCCAUGAUGCCACGGCAUGUCCCACUGGGAGGCAGUGUAAGCUCUGCCUCCAGCACAAAUCCAGCUAUGAAUUUUCCAAUCAACUACCUGCAGCGUGCUGGAGUCCUUGUACAGAAGGUGGUCACCACAACAGAUAUUGUUAUUCCUGGACUCAACAGCUCCACAGACGUACAGGCAAGAAUUAAUGCUGGUGAGAGCAUCCAUAUUAUUCGUGGGACGAAAGGGACAUACAUCCGUACCAGUGAUGGGCGAAUCUUUGCUGUCCGGGCAACUGGCAAACCAAAGGCCCCUGAAGAUGGUCGGAUGGCUGCCUCAGGUUCCCAGGGGCCUUCUCUCGAGUCUACAAGCAACGGCAGACACAGUGCCUCAUCACCCAAAGCCCCUGACCAUGAGGGGCUGGCCAGGCCCGUCUCUCCAGACAGCCCAGAGAUCAUCAGUGAGCUCCAGCAGUAUGCAGAUGUGGCUGCUGCCCGGGAAUCCCGUCAGAGCUCCCCAAGCUCCAGUGCUGCCCUGCCUGGCCCCCCGGCUCAACUCGUGGACAGCAGUGCUGUUCCUGGGACAGCUCUCGGGACUGAGCCUCGACAUGGGGGUCAUUGCCUCAAUAGUUCCCUCUUGGUGACCGGCCAGCCCUGUGGUGACAGGCACCCAGUGUUGGACUUAAGGGGCAACAAGCGAAAGUUGGCCACACCACCUGCUGCCCAGGAGUCAGCCCGCCGGCGGUCUAGGAAGGGCCAUCUGCCAGCCCCCGUGCAGCCGUAUGAACACGGGUAUCCAGUUUCUCGCGGGUUUGCCAUGCCACCCGUCUCCUUAAACCAUAACCUCACCCCACCCUUCACCUCCCAGGCUGGGGAGAACUCCCUGUUUAUGGGCAGUACCCCCUCCUACUACCAGCUGUCCAAUUUGCUGGCAGAUGCCCGCCUGGUGUUUCCAGUGACUACUGACCCUCUGGUGCCAGCAGGCCCCGUCAGUUCCUCUUCCACGGCUACCUCAGUCACUGCCAGCAACCCCUCCUUCAUGCUCAACCCCUCUGUACCAGGGAUACUACCCAGUUACUCACUCCCAUUCUCACAGCCACUCCUGUCCGAGCCGAGGAUGUUUGCGCCUUUUCCUUCCCCUGUCUUGCCCAGCAACCUUUCACGGGGCAUGUCUGUCUACCCAGGCUACAUAUCCCCACAUGCAGGCUACCCAGCUGGCGGCCUCCUCCGGUCCCAGGUGCCUCAAUUUGACUCUCAUGAGGUUGCUGAGGUGGGGUUUAGCUCCAAUGAUGAUGAGGAUAAGGAUGAUGAUGUGAUAGAGGUCACUGGGAAAUAGCUGGGGAGCCCCUCUCCACCUCACUCGGGGCCCCCAGUAGGUUGCUCACCAAGAUGGAAGGCAGCAAUCUGGGCUUUCUGAGAAUAGGGCACUUGGGAGGAGGGAAAAGGAAGAGGGCAAAGAAGGGUGGUUGACCAUAGGUGGCAGGGCUCUGUUGCUGUUUAACAAAAGAGGCAAAAAAAAUCCAACAGAGCAGCAAUAGUGGGAAAUCAGGGACCUAAAACAGGAAUGGAGAGGCAGGGCAGUCUGCCUCUCUUCCUGCCUGCCUUGCUUAUGCUGUCUGCUUGCUUGCUUGCCCAUCUGAGGGUAGAAGCUCACAUCCCAUUUCUGUCCUUGGGAACAUUCUCUCCCAAGAGAGCUGCCUUACUGGGUGACUUAGCUUGGCCUGGAGAGGGGAGGGGAGGGAGGGAGGGUAAGAAAAGAAGGGUGGGCAGACUGAGACUCCACAUGAAGUGGAAUCUUUUUAGGGGGUGGGAAAGAAGCAGACCAGGUAUGUGUGUGUGUGUGCGUGUGUGUGUGUUUGUGUGUUUAUGUAUGUACUUACAUGUAUGUAACAGAGCAGGGGUGAAGGUGGGUGGGAAGGGAGGGAGGGAGGAACUAAGGGGGAAACUAAGAAAUGAAUUUAUCUUUUGUAAAAUGGAAAUCAGAGUGUGGUGGUUCAUGGCAACUAUUAGUAUGAACAUCAGGAUGAGCCCAGGAGAAGAGCCAUGGAAACCACAAGUUUCCUUCUAGUUGGGUGAAGACAAGGCCCAGCUAACCCAAGUCCCUGGUUAUCAGAGCCACACUUGUUUUAAAAUUUGGGGGAGAUUAUUAGAGAAAAUGGGCAUUACCGAUCUCUGUCUCUUUCCCCAGUGGCUGUCUCUGAGCAGAUUCUCCCUUUCUGGGGCAUGAGAUUGUCUGUGUGCAGAGGCUGGGAGGGGGAAGCACUGUGUUGUGUGAGUGAGAGGUCAUGGAGUUGUGGUCAGAAAAGACAUUCUUCACAAGGAUGGAACUGAGCCCCCAGCUGCCUGACCUGGUGGCCUUUCCUUUCCUUUCCUUCCCCAUUAGAGAGCUCCAUGUUAAUUUAUUUCUUAUGGGCAAUUAUUUAUUAUUUGGACUUUUCAUAUGUCUUGGUUCUUUUUUGGGGGUUGGGAGGGGAGGUUAGGGUAAGGAGGGUAGGAGAUGGGAAGGGAAAUUUUAAGAUAUCUCAGACCCCAUAGCUGCUGGUGAAUAAAUCCCAGGUGGAUGGUGAAUUGACCAAGGAAAGAGAGUUAGGAUUGACCAAGGUUUACACUAAACAACUGUGUUUUCAGGAAAUGGCCUCUCAGGAAGAACAGGGAAUCCUGUGACUGGAUAGUUAGUGGUGGUGAGACUCAUUCCACAGUGCUUGAAAUUUAGGAUCAUGGAGUUUGCAAAUGGGAAGUAAGUGACCCCAAAUUUGGAGCUUUGUCCUCCUGGCAUGACCUUAGAGGCAGGCUCUCUAUGCUGAAUAGUGAAGCUGUGUGUAGAUGACUGCUGGGUUGAGGGAACAGACUGUUGAUUUCCUAUUGGGAAAUGUCUUGGUUUCUUCAGCCUAUUGUAUGAUCCAUGUGGGCCUGGUGUCUGCUACGUCCAUCCUCUUUGAAGGAACAUGGAGGAGCCCUUCCUCUGUAGGAGCCUUAAAUCGUCUUAACACGUCAGUCAUUCUGGGUCUCCUCUUUCUUGUUGCCAAUACCAGGGCCGCAGGGGCAUCUAGUCUUUAAGCAUAAACACUGGCUGUCUUCCUAUUGGCUUUUUCCUCCCUGCUGCUGAGACCUUGCUGGGCAGUUCUUUAUGAUGAACAAACCCUGUCUGACUUUAGAGCUUUACCACCUACCCAUGGAUCCCUCCUCACUGGGCAGUUGCUGCAGCUGCUGCCUUUUCCAAGCCCUGGAGGCAGCUUAGCCACCUCAUCCCUAGUAGUAGCUGCUUCUGCAACUCGUCUGACUAGCCUGUUUCCAUUGUUGGAGGGUCUUAGCACACUCUGGCGUAUUAUCCCCAGAGAAGAGACAAGGAGAUGGCUGAUGGGGGUGUGUGCAUGUGUGCGCGUGUGUGUGUGCUGUCAGUUACACUGAAAGUGGAACUUAAGGAGCUUGCUUUCUCUAUUUUCAUAAGCACCCUGUCAGACACUUAACUCUCCUACUCAUAGAAGCCUUAGACCUACAAUUUAGCUAUGCAAAUUAUUUUAAUAAUUUAAAAACAGCAGUUCCAACCAGCGCUUUCUCUUUCAGAUGCAUCCCAAGAAUGAAUGGUGAAGGGACUCAGUUGGAGUGGGCUCUCAGGUUGAGUCUGGUGCAGUAGGAGUAAGCUAGCCUGGAUCUCCACUUUGCAGAGCACACUCAUGACCUGGGCUACAACUGAUGCCUCUAAGGCUCUGGAGCACUGGGAUCCCAGAAAUUGUGUGUGUGUGUGUGUGUGUGUGUGUGUGUGUGUGUGUGUGUGUGUGUGUGUGUUUGAGGAAGGAGGGAUAGUUCUGUGUUCAUCUCUAGGAAAUCACAGCAGCAGGCUCUGAAAAUCCAGAAACUAUCCCAGCAAGGAACUGGAACCAGUCACUGGAGGGAUGGGCUUUUGAAGGUACUGGGAAGUGAAUGGGUGUUCUGAGUGGCAGCACGUGCCUGCUGUCUACCCAGUGUUUCCAUGGUCUUGGUCUUGCUUCAGUUCAGGAGAGGCCAUAGUUUGGGGAGCUCGACAAGAUUUUCUUUGAUAUGUGCAGCUUAUAUUUUGUAAAGGGGUAGGGCUGGGAUCAUGGGAAAUUAGAGUGCUACUAGUUCCAUGGCUUGUUUCCUUUUUUGUUUUUGAGUUUUUUGUGGGUUUUUUUUUUUGUUUGUUUAUUUGUUUUUAAUGAACCUGAAAACACUUCCCUGACUCUUCUGCUGUCUCUCUGUGCUGGUAGGCAGGCGUGUAUGCACACCAAACGUGAGCAUAUGUGCGAGGGAAGCAGGAAAUGUCUGAGAGCCUAAGAACCGUGUUUUACAGUUUCUUUGAUCAGAAACACUUGGCAGUGAUGUCCACCCACAUCCAGGCCUGAGAAAGGGAAGGAGGGUGAUAAGGAGGGCAGAAGAUCAGGUCUAGGUAUCUUCCCUCACUUCUGUCUUCCCAUAGAAUGUUUUCAAGGGCUUCUCAAGCCCCAUCUGUCUUGUUUAGCCUAAAUCCUCAGCCUAAGGAUAUAGUUCAAUUUCAUGAUUCAGGAUUACCAUUUGUAGUAAUGCUUGAUUUCCUUUUCUCAGUAUCUUUGUAGAUAAAAAUUAAACAGAGACAGAUUCGCCAUUUAAGUGAGAAAGCAAGUGAACCAUGUUGGAUCCAGAUCUUUUUCUUCAGAUUAGAUAUCUGCAAAGUUUUCACGCCCUCAAGUUAUGCUUCUUAAGCAUCUUUCUUAAGCAUCUUCUGACUUAAGGAUGUCUCUGGUCCUUGGAACUCUAUUCCCUAGGAAUUAGUGUGUAAUAUCUAUAUACUUGUGAUUCACAACUAAAUAUGAAAUUUUCCCAGUCCAGGACAUGAAGCAAAUAGUUGGGGUAACUUUUUACUGAUAGAUUGAAAUACUCAACCAAACUUUAGUAGUCUGGGUGGGACUGUCACUCCCAAAGCACUCAGCAGAGCAAGGCUCUCUGCUUGUCUGUUCAUGCCUGGCAUUGCUCUGGAACUGAGUCCUCAUCCCAUGGGGAAGGUCUUCUGGGGCUUUACAUUCCUUGUUCCUAGUGUUCCUGGCCAUGACCCCCUUGUGCUUCCCAGUUCUCUGUGAUUCCACAGAAGACCAGUCUCUCCUUUCUGAGCCAUGUCCUCCUGUGCAUCCAGCUCAGUGACUCUUCCCCCACCAAAACUCCUGAGAGAAGAGCUCCUUCCCCCAUUGGAUCCCCCAGGAGACUUUCUGGCCCUCUGCUGACUGUUCCCAAGAAAUCCACACCUCAAGGUCUGCCUGAGAAGGCUACACUCUCUAUUAGUCACCUUCAGACUAUUUCCCUCCUACUGACUCUUCUCUUCUGUCCUGUGUAUUCCGCUGGGACCCCUUAAUGUCUGUUUUGUGCCACUGGCUUGGCCCUAGGCCUUUUAUGAAUACCUAAGUCUUACGAUGAACUUCCUGAGCAGACAGUGUCCAACUUCUUUGCUCUUCAGGGACCUGAGUCUGCUCCUUUCCUCUCUCAGAGGUCUUUUUGAUAAAGUAAUCUAGUGCAUUGGGGAGAGGUGGCUAGAUAGGCUGCAGAGUCUGUAAUGCCAGGGGCUGGGGGUGAUUUGGGUACUCUCUGUUACCACUACUGGGAUAAUGUUCAGAAAAGAGGGGACCUCAUACUGUGACCUGACCCAGGGCCCUCCCCUGCAAGAGAGCUCAGCCCAGGUUGUGUGUGUGUGUGUCUGUGUGUGUGAGACAGUGUGUAUGUGUGCAUACGCAUGCUCAUGUGCACAUGGGUGUAAACUGACUGUUAUCUGGUUGUGUUACUCAGGGUGGGCUGGGGACUCACCAGAAGAAUCCCUUCAGCCUGCCCAAGACUGUUUUUUCUCCUGUACCCUCUCCAGAGGGGUCAGGGAAGGGGGUCCAGGUGGGUUGAGGGGGUUGCAAUGGAUAACCACUAAGGCCACACUGCUGCCAGGAGGAGUGGGGGGCAGGGAGAUGAGGUGGCCCCAGGGACCUGGCACCUGGCUUUGGUUUUCCAUCUUCUUUCCUCAGGACACCCCCUGAGGCCUGGGACCUGCGCCUGGCUUUGAGGAGCAUCUGUAGCUGGGUGCUCCAGCUGCUGGUGUGAUCAUGGGCUUCCCUCCUCUCUCAGCAGGGCAGGUGCUCCUGCCCCAGAGACUGGGCAACUGGCUGUUUCUAUGACGUAUUUAUUUUUACUUGUGUUUCAUGUCACUUUUUUAAAAAAGCAAACAGAACAAUUGUAAGUCAGUAUAACUGCCUAUCAGUUUUCUUUAUUUCUCUUUUUGUAAAA